AUGAAUGCGUGUGCCCGUACACCCUCUUCGCCACUGGAGCUUCUCGUUGGCGAUCUCAGCAGACAAGCAAAAACGCUUGCAGACUAUUUCCAAUCCAACGGGCUUCCCGAGCCCAGCUUUCAGCGCGAUGCGCCAAUCGAUGUUUUAUCCCCAGAGGCACCCAAGGAGAUACAGGCUGUCCGGGACCAGCUCAUGGACCAUGCUCUACAGCUUUUCCAGCUCGUUGCUGGCCCCAGGGAGUGCUUGGAAAAUGUCCAGACAAACUACCAAUAUAUGGAAGCUCUCCGCUGGUUGAAUUAUUUCCAUAUCUUCGAGCUCGUUCCUCUGGAGGGCAAUAUCUCGUAUGCCGAGCUGGCUGGAAAAGCUGCCGUCUCGGAGCUGCGACUAAAAUCAAUUGCUCGUAUGGCAAUGACCAACCAUCUCUUUGUCGAGCCGGUACCAGGCUUCCUCGCCCACUCGGCCACCUCUGCGGCAUUGACUGUAGACCAACAGCUUGUCGACCAGAGGGAGUGGCAGGGAAGAGUUUUGGCCCCUACGAUAGCCUCCAUGGUCACGGCGCACAAGAAAUGA